AAAGCGUUUUAAAACAUUGAAUGGCGUUAUCUCCCAUGCUACGUCCAUGCUAGCUGUGUAGCAUCAGCAUGGCGCACUGGACCGCCUUCGAGAAGGAGACGGAGCGGGAGACCAGGAGGCUGAUACGAUGCAUCGGAGGCCUGGAGGACGAGGAGGACCACAACUUCCAGGUGGCGCAGAAAUUCGCCUGGUCGAACUUCAGGUUUCAUCGCUACCUGGAUGUUGACAGUCAUAAAGUCCAACGCAGCAUCAAUGGAAUCUAUGAGAAGCUCAUGGUCCACUCAGACGUGGGUAAAGCAGAGAGCUGGAUGAGGCUGACUGAAGAGUUCCUGAACUCACCGUUACCAAAUACAGAGGGAACAAAGAGUGAUGCACACUACAGCGUCCUGUCUAUGCUGCUCUUCUUAUCGGGGUCCCCCUCAAGCACAGACUUCACUGAGAGACCCAGGGUGAAGGAGGCCGAGGAAGUGGACAGCUUUGACUGGGCUAAAUAUCUGAUGGAGGGUGAGGACGUAGACAUGGGACCGUAUCCAGAUACUCCUGAAUGGUCUGAGGAGGAGAGCGAGGACGAAGACAGCCAACAGCCAAUCAGCAGGGAUGACUCGGGGAUCCAGUUGGACAGAACGCCCCAGGAAGACCAGGACAACAACAACAAGGCGGUUCCAGUUACCUGGACAGUGGGUGAACCCGGCGCCCGGGUCUGGCUGGAGCAGAAUGUGGUGACUCCGUACUGGGUGGCUCACGCUCCUCGCUUUCCUCACAGUUUACAUUUACACUCCAACCUGCUCAACGUGUGGGAUCAGCAUCUGUACAACACUGAUCCGUUGUAUCUGCCGGAAGAAAAGGCCUUUGUCACAGAGACCCAAGUAAUACGGGAGACCUUGUGGCUUCUCUCUGGUGUUAAGAAACACUUUAUAUUCCAACACCACGAUGGAAAAGUGUCGGUCAGGAACAACGUGGUGGUGACUCAUCUCACCAGCAACUGUCUGCGCUCCGUCCUGGAGCACGUCGCCGUGUUCGGCCAGGCGGUGUCCAGGCUGCAGAGGUUCAUCGACGAGGUGACGGGUCACAGCUCGGAGCCGAGUCCGCCGGGCUCCGGAUCCUCCCACGGCUCCAGGAAGGGCUCCGAGCCCCCCUUCAGGACCUACCAGGCCUUUGUGUGGGCGCUCAACAAGUACUUCACUGGCUUCAAAGAGGAGCUGACCACGAUCGAGAGAGAGAUCAUAUGCAAUGAUGAGACGGUGACCCUGUCAGCGGUUCUGGAGCGACUCAACCCUCACUUGGCCCAGAUCAAAGUGCUCCACAAAGUGUUCUGCACCGGGGUCGCCGAAGUCCCCCCCGAGACCCCCAACGUGGUCCGAGCCUCCCACCUGCUCAACACCCUGUACAAAGCUAUCAUCGAGUACGACAGCGUCGGGGAGGCGUCAGAGCAAGCAGUGGCCUUGUUGUUUUCUCUGUGGACGGAGACGGUCAGACCGUAUCUGGAGAUUGUGGAUGAGUGGAUUGUUCACGGCCACCUGUUCGAUCCUGCCAAAGAGUUCAUCAUCCAGAGGAACAAGGACGUGCCGGUGAACCACAGGGACUUCUGGUACGCCACCUACACUCUGUACAGCGUGUCGGAGACGGUGGAGAAUGAGGAGAAGCUGAACGAUGCAGCCAGCGGGAGCUCCGGAGGGGAUCCGGGCUCCUCCAACCGGCAGCUCACCAUGGUGUCCUUCCUCAAACCGGUGCUCAAGCAGAUCAUCAUGGCAGGAAAGUCCAUGCAGCUGCUCAAGAAUCUGGACUGCAAGGAGACCGAGCAGUCUGAGAGAUCCUCCAGAGAUGCAGAGAGGAAGAGUUUAUACACUCUGUUUCUGGAGUCGGUGCAGUCUCGUCUCUGCAGCCGAGACGGGUCGCCCACGGACACCGUUACCGAGCAACAGGCCACCAGGAGGAGCCUGAUCAAGAUGCAGUCCAUCAUCUCACAGCACCUGGAGAUCGAGGACGUCCAUGAUCCGCUGUUAGCCAUCAACUUCGCCAGGCUGUACUUGGAGCAGAGCGACUUCCACGAGCGUUUCUCUGGAGGUGACUUCAUCGUGGACCGUUCGUCUCAGGCCGUCACCUGUCAAACCUUCGAGCUCACGCUGCGCUCGUGUCUCUACCCGCACAUCCAGAGGAGGUACGUCGAGUGCUGCGGGAACCUCAUGAAGACCUUGAAGAAAGACUACAGGCUGCUGGGAUAUCUCCAAGCGAUGAGGAACUACUUCCUGCUGGAAGCUGGAGACACCAUGUACGACUUCUACACGGCCAUCUUUGACAAGGUGCAGGAGAAGGAGAGCUGGCAGCAGCUGUCCUUCCUCAACGGUCAGCUGCAGGAGGCUGUCGGACAGCGCCACCCCGAGGACAGCAGCAGGUUGUCAAUCUUCUUGGAGACCAUCGAUCCCGCCAGGAAGAAACAUCCUGUGAACAAUCUAGAAGUUCUUACUCUGGGUUACAAGGUUCCGUGGCCCGUUGACAUUGUGAUCAGCUCUGAGUGUCAGAAGAUCUACAACCAGGUGUUUCUGCUGCUGCUGCAGAUCAAAUGGGCCAAAUACAGCCUGGACACUCUUCGCUUCAGUGACUUCACAGACGUCACUAAGAAGCUGGAGGGCGCUGUGUCUGAGGAGGUGAAGGUCAAAGAGCAGAUAAACCAGCAGAUCCACAGAAUGUGUCUUCUGAGGGUCAAACUGAUGCACUUUGUCAACAGCCUUCACAACUACAUCAUGACCAGGAUUCUGCACAGUACAGGUCUGGAGUUUCAGCACCAAGUUCAGGAGGCAAAGGACCUGGACCAGCUGAUCAAGAUCCAUUACAGAUAUUUGGCAACCAUUCACGACCGUUGUCUCCUGAGGGAGAAGGUCAGUUUUGUGAAGGAGGCGAUAAUGAAGGUUCUCAAUCUGGUCCUCAUCUUCUCCGACCGGUGGCAGGCUGGAUUCGGAGCCUGGAAGAUCGAGUCCAUCGAUAAAAUGGAAUCCGAUUUCAAAAACUGUCACAUGUUCCUCGUGACGAUUCUCAACAAAGCCGUGUGUCGGGGCUCCUUCCCUCACUUGGAGUCUCUGGCUCUGUCUCUGAUGGCCGGCUUUGAGCAGUGCUGAUGAACCGAACACCGUGUGUCUGUUGAGAUGUGAUGAACUGAACGAGUCUCAUUCUGACGCAAUCGUUGAUGAUGUGUAACGUAUGACAUCACUAUCAGCUGAUCCGAUGGUUGGAGACGGAUGUGGACUCAUUUAUGUCAGAGGUGUCAAACAAGCUGCUUGUGAACAAACAUGAGCUUCUGUAUUUAAAAAAGUAACUUUUUGUAUAAAGGUGUUUUUUUAUGAGCUGUUGUUGAUUGUUAAUAAUGUGUAAAUAUGAAGCACAAUAAAUAUUGCACAAUGAUUGUCGUUUUUUAAACAUAAUGUGACAUUUCUUU